UUUCGGUCUCCCUCUUGGAGGGCCUCUUGCGCGUUCCCUCGGUUCCUCUGCUGUCAUCCCCGUGGCCCCUGGGAGCCUAUCACUUUCCUCCCUGGGGCUGCUGGCUGGACGGCAGCUGGCAGAGCGUUGGGCACCUCACCCCGGCUCCCCGCCCCCCGCCCCGUUGCCCCGCCUGCGCUAGGCUGGGCGGCGGGGUCAGGGGCCGAGCGGAGCGGGAAUCAGGUAAUCUCUCUGGCCUGGGCCUUAGAUUCCACAUUUGAAUCUGUACCCUGGCUCCUUCUUUGCUCUCUGACAUUUGAGGACCACUGCCCAAGGACCCCGUUAGUUAUCAUUUAGUAUGGAAGAAGAUGAGUUCUUUGGAGAAAAAACAUUCCAGCACUUUUGUGCAGAAUUUAUUAAACAUUCACAGCAGAUAAAUGAUGGUUGGGAAUGGAGAACUUCGAAGGACUGUUCUGAAGGCUACAUGUGCAAAACACAAUUUCAAAUUAAACCUGGGACACUUGUAUUACAUCCGGGAACAUCUGCCCACGUCCAGACAUGUCUUCCCGUGGAGGAAUGUUGGAAAAAGGAUGGCUUCCGCAACAAAGCCAUUAGUGCUUAGGACUAAACCAGAGGCUUUAGAACUACCCCCGGAUGAUUUUGAAGUGACUGAGACCACAGCGGGAAGUGAAGUGGUUAAAUACGAGUAUCAUGUCUUAUACUCCUGUAGCUACCAAGUGCCUGUGCUUUACUUUAGGGCAAGCUUUUUAGAUGGAAGACCUUUAGCUCUGAAGGACAUAUGGGAAGGAAUCCAUGAGUGUUACAAGUCACGGCUGCUGCAGGAGCCAUGGGACACCAUUACCCAACAGGAGCACCCAGUGCUUGGACAACCCUUCUUUGUACUUCAUCCCUGCAAGACGAAUGAAUUCAUGACUCCUGUGUUAGAGAAUUCUCGAAAAAUCAAUAGGAGUGUCAACUAUAUCACGUCAUGGCUGAGCGUUGUAGGGCCAGUUGUUGGGCUAAAUCUACCUCUGAGUUAUGCCAGAACCGCCUCUCAGGAUGAAUGAAGUGUCACUUGACAAGGUAAAAAGGAAAGCCUGCGCUGAAUGUUUUGCUAUUAUAAAGAUCCUGUUGUCUCUGUUGCACUUGGGGUCACUACUGGCCCCAUCAAAUAUUAAGUCUUCUUUCAUCUUUAAUAAUAACGGCUGAAUAUGAACUGUUUGUUUAGGUUCCUGACCAACCUGUGCCCAAGCAUUUAGGAAGCAUUGGACUUUGCUAUAAUAACACUCACCCAACUACAGGAGUGGAUGAUUUUAUUUCAGAAUUGUUAUUCUUGAAAUAAGUCUUUACUGUUCAGUUAACCUUCUUUUAUUCUCAUAGCUUUUGUUUUGUUCUUGUUCUUCACUUUCUUCCAUUGAGCCAAAGAACCUAGAAAUUGCAGCAUGAAGAACACCAAAAGCAUACCUGGCCAGCCCUGGUUUUAAUAGGACAAAUACCAUGCAGUAGUUCAACUCACCAAGAUUUUGACAUGGAUUUAUUUUUCCACUGGAAGCAAAUUCUGCAGUAACCGACAGGCUGUGUCCCUCAUCUAGAACUGUUGGUUUGGAGUUGCUUGCUUUGUUUUUCAUUUUAUCUUGCCAGGGGCUGAAACUAAAACAAAAAUAUAAUUGUCUCUUUAGAGAAUCUAGAUGCAGGAUAUACUUCAGGGUCACCUGAGAAUCUUUUAUGACUGCAAAUGCUGGGGUCAACCUCCUGGAACAGCCUCUUUGGAGUGAUUAUGACACACCUGCUUUUGGAGAACUUCUGGUCUGGAUGUACUGUUGGUGUGGUAUUUAUUCGUAUUGUUUGGGUCUCCCAACAGGCCUUUUCUAAUUCUGUGUAUAGCUCCAACAAGCUGGACUUACUUCCUAACACUGGGCAUUGCCCUGAACCUCCUGGUCGGGAGGAAUAUUCAGGAGAUGUGUCUGCAAGGCAGCCUGCUCAGAGCAAGCGGUCGGUCCAUCGGUCUGUCGGUCGGGGAGAGGGGAUUAUCUGCUGGCCAAUUGCAGAAGACUGUGCUUGUGCUUUUAGUCUGUAGGUUCGGGGCUGAUCUCUCACACAGGGAGCCGAAGUAGAGAACGGGUUAAUUCAAACUGCUAGAAAAGCUAAAAGUAAAUUUUAAAAUGCUGAGCUGCACAUAUUCAUGCUGGGAUGAGAGCCUGCUUACAUGCUUGCUGGGCAUUUUGGUAUUUACCACUUAACAUCUUUUCAACUUCUUCAGGGAUUUCCACCCCCACCCCCACUCUCCCUAACGUAAACACAGAUCUCUCAGCAAGUCAUUUCUCAGACCAUGUCAUUCCUAGGGUAAAACAAAACAAAACAAAACAAAACAAAAAACUAAAUAAAUUAUAAUAAUAUGUUGUCUGGAUGGUG